AUGGCGACAGAAGUCGAGGUGCAGGAUGAUUUCAAGGGCACCGAUGAACGUCGUCAAAUUCUGCGUGAAGGUAAAUAUUUCCAUUGCACUUGUGAACGUUGUGAAGACCCCACCGAAUUGGGUUCGCAUAUGAGCAGUUUCAUUUGUUCGGCCUGUGCCAGCCACAAACAAGAAAGUUUUAUUGUUCGAAACCCCGAAACGAAAAUAUGGAAAUGUCAAAAAUGUGAACACACUCUACGCCCCGAACAGGUUACCAGGAUAUUGGAAAAAUCCAAAGAAGAAAUGUUCCAUUCACAGGGCGAUUGUCGUCGCCUGGAAUAUUUACUGGCUAAGCUAACGACCAUAUUACAUAAAAAUCAUUAUAUAAUAGUCGAUUUGAAACAGGAGAUUGCAAAUAUUUUACGUUCGGUCAUUGCGAAUAGUCAUCGGCCGAAUCGUCAUUUGUAUGAACGAAAGAUACGAUUGUGUCAGGAUUUGGUAUUACUUUUGCAGAUUAUACAGCCGGGUAUUACACGGCUGAAGGGUAUUGCUUUGUAUGAAAUGGCAACGGCCAGUGUUAAGUUGCAGCGUUUGAAGGUGGAGGAGAAGGAAAUUGAGGUGGCAGUAUCGCAUCAACGUUUAAAGGAAUGUGCAGCCAUGUAUAAGGAGGCGAAACGAUUGUUAUCACAUGAACCCGAAGCAAGUCCUGAGGGUCAAUUGUUGAAAACAAUUGUAAUGGAAUUUAAUGUUUUGCAUAAGGAGCUGGAAAAUACGAACACAGCUGGGGAGGAUAAAUAA